UGAAAACUACAUCUAUGGUUACGUUGGUCGAACGCCUGCUUCCUAACACUUUGAAACGGGCUUGGGUACUAAAAGCCCAAUCUGUUGCUAACCAUAAUGAUUUAUUUGAAAGUCUUUUGGCAUUCUUACUUGCUGAAAGGAAGGUAUGUGAGUAUCUGGAGUGUGAUUUGCGAAGUGUUCCCACAAAAUUGGCCACUCAUAAUGUGAUUUGUAGAGAUUCAGAAAAGGAAGAUGUUACUGAUACACUACACGAGAUAAAGGUAGUGCAAGAUCAACAAAAUGCUAUGAUUACUGAAUGUCUUAACACUGUCUCAAAAUUAGUGUCAGAGUUUUCUGUGGAUUCUAAGAAUCAAAACUGUAAGAUGUGUUGGUACCAUGGCUCACAAGGUCACACCUUUCAUGAUUGUUAUGCUUUUCAAAAUUUGAGUAAUCCAGACAAAUUUGCUUGCCUCAAGAAUAAUAGAGUCUGUUUUAGGUGUGCAACCCCUGGUCACUUGGCAAGGUACUGUAAGUUUGCAAGCACUACUUGUGAUGUGAUUGUCAAUGGUCGGAAGUGUGGGAUGGAUCAUCAUAAAGCCUUGCAUUACGUUCUUUCUCGUACACCUGACUCUGCUAAAAAGACCAGUUCUACUACUGUGACUAGUAAUUUAGCGUCUAGGGAUGGUUAUCUACUGAUGGUAAGCCGUUUGGAGUGUAAAGGGAGUCCCGUCAAUGUCCUGUGGGAUAGCGGUAGCAAUGUAUCCUUAAUAACACACUGUCGGGCAAAAGAGUUAGGCCUCAAGGGAAAAGAUAUUAAUAUAUCCAUAACCAAAGUUGGCAACAGCUUGGAAACUGUCGCUAGCAAGGAGUAUGUGGUCCCAUUAGUCGACAUGAAUGGAGAUGAAUGGGAGAUCAGUGCCUGUGGCAUAGACGAAAUUACCGCCCCAGUCGAUGAAGUCGACGUGAGUGUUGUGUCCAGACUUUUCCCUAGUUUGAAUGGCUACCCUGUAAUAAGACCUCAUGGUAGGAUAAAUUUAUUGAUAGGAAUUGACUAUUGUCACCUUAUGCCUCAAGUGUUGGAGACGAAGGGUAACCUACAACUUAUGCAAAACCAAUUCGGUUAUGUUUUGAGAGGUUCUCAUCCACUUUUGAUUUCCCAUAGAUCUCAGCCAAGUGUUAGUGUCAGGAUUAACCAUGUUAACAUUGUGAAUUUUGAUGAAAUUUCCUCUUUACCCAAGAAAACUAUUAAGGAAGAUUUAGAUAGUUAUUUCAACAUUGAAAAUCUUGGUGUAUCCUGUUACCCAAAAUGUUCGGGGUGUAAAUGUGGAAACUGUACGCCUGGUCAAAAUAACUAUAGUCUAAAGGAUGAAAGGGAGUUGGCUUUAAUUACUAAGGGGUUAGUGUUUGAUUCGGCAGACUGUAGGUGGGUUGUCAGCUAUCCCUGGAUAAAAGAUCCCCGUCUUUUGCCCAACAAUGUAUCCCUUGCUUUUGCAAGACUGAUUGCCACAGAAAAGAGGCUCAAUAAACUAGGACCAGAUUACUGCAAGGCUUACCAGAGUCAAAUUGAUGAUAUGAUUGCUAGGAAAGUCGCAAGGAAAUUGACUGAGGAUGAGAUUUACAGAUACGAUGGACCAGUAUUUUAUAUUCCUCACACUGAAGUGCUAAAGCCAGACUCAAGUUCUACUCCACUUAGGAUAGUUUUCAAUUCUUCCGCCAAGUACAUGAACUUCUCCUUAAAUGAAAUGUGGGCAAAGGGCCCAGAUGUUUUGAAUUCUCUCCUAGGAGUUCUGUUGAGAUUCAGAGAAGAGGAGGUGGCGUUCGCCGGAGAUUUGGCCAAAAUGUACAAUACCAUCCAUAUGUCCUUAUUUGAUCAGCAUUGCCAUCGCUUUUUGUGGCGAGACUUGAAGGUCCAUAACAAACCAGAUCAUUAUGUUUUAACUUGUGUCCCUUUCGGCGAUAAGCCUAGUGGUACCAUUGCCAUGCUUGCUUUAAGAUUAACUGCGGAAAUAAUUCAAGACCAGUACCCUGUUGCAGUCAAUGCCAUAGUGAAGAACAGCUAUGUGGAUGACAUACUAGGAAAUUGUGACAAUUAUGAGGGAGCAAACAAUUUACUGAGAGAGAUUGAAUUUGUUUUAGGCCAAGGAGGAUUUAAGGUGAAACAUUGGAUUCUGUCAGGUGCUCAUAACCCUAGCAAACUGGAUCUAGCAGAAACUCAAAAAGAAAAAGUCUUGGGUGUUGUGUGGGAACCCAACAGAGACGUAUUUGUGUUUAGUGUGAAAAUAAAUUUUUCUCCCAAACAUCGCAAGACACAUACGGGCCCAGAUCUUAAACCGGAUAACCUUACCGGUGAGACACCCCAGUAUUUGACCAAGAGAAUGCUUUUAAGUCAGAUUGCAACCCAAUUUGACCCCUUGGGACUUGUCUGCCCUGUAACUUUAAAGGCAAAAUUGAUGUUGAGGCGUCUUGUCUGUCCAGAGGGUGAUGAAGAUGCAAAAUACGGUUGGGAUGAUGCAGUGUUGCCACAGAUUAGAAGUGAAUGGCUGGAUUAUUUCCAGAUGAUGUUUGAGUUAGAAACUCUAUGGUUUCCCAGAUGUGUUAGGGAAGCUGACCACGUUGGUAACCCUACAUUGGUCAUAUUUUCAGACGGGUCUACUAUAGCAUAUGGAGCUUGUGCUUACGUUAGAUGGGAAUAUCGUACAGGAAUGUUUAGCUCUAGACUUUUGAUGGCUAAGUCUAAACUUGCCCCGCUCAAGCAGUUAUCAGUCCCUCGAAUUGAACUUUGUGGAGCCCUACUUGCAGCUCGGAUGAGAGAGACCAUCACAAAGGAACUUAACUAUAACUUUGAAUCUGUAAUACAUAUUGUUGACUCUGCUAUUGUCCGGGCUCAGAUUCAGAAGGAGAGUUUCGGGUUUGGUACUUUUACAGCUACGAAAAUUGCCGAGAUUCAAAGUAAAACUAAUCCCGAGGAAUGGUGGUGGAUACCUAGGAAAGACAAUCCGGCGGACAUGACCACCAAACCUGCUAAACCUGUUGAUCUUGCUGAAGGAUCCAUUUGGCAAAUGGGGCCCGCCUUCCUGUCUCUCCCUAUCAGCAUGUGGCCUAUAAGGAAAGACCCUGUCUCGGAAUUACCUGAUAAAGUGGGCAUCUUCAUUUCUCACGCUGAUGCUGAUGUUACUACCACAGGUCUUUGCAAAUUGUUUGAUAUUUCUCGGUUCAAUAGCCAUGAGAAACUGAUAAGGGUUACCAGUCGUGUCAUACGGGCGAUCAGAUCCCGAUCUCUUAGAGAAUCACUUUUAACUCCAACUGUAGAAGAUCUUGCGAUCGCUGAAAUGUUGUGGGUGAAGGAAGUUCAAUCUGAACUUGAUCCUGAUUGGGAAACUAAGUACCGUAGGUUAGGGCCUACCAGAAAUGAAGCUGGGGUGAUUGUUGUCGGUCAGCGUAUCCCUAAAUGGUUAAAGAAUAACUAUGAUCAGGACGGAUUUAUUUUGCUUUCUCCUGAUCAUGACUUUACUAAGUUGUAUGUGGAAUCUAUGCAUCGUCUGGACCAUGCUGGCAUUGAAGUAACUUUAGCCAAGAUUCAAUCCAAGUUUUGGGUACCAAAGGUCCGGAACAUGAUCAAAUCUGUGAGGUACAAAUGCAUCACCUGUCGCAAACUGAGGAAAGAAAUAGUUGGUCAACUUAUGGGACAGCUGCCAGAAGAACGCCUCAAACCAUCUCCUCCGUUUACCUACACUGCCCUAGAUUUGUACGGCCCCCUUUUAGUUAAAGAUAUGGUCAAGGGUCGCUCAAGAGGUAAAGCUUACGGUGUAAUCUUCAACUGUUUGGCCACUCGUGCUGUUCAUCUGGAUCUAAUUGAAGGGUAUAGCACUAGGGAUUUCCUUGAUGGACUUAGAAGAUUCGUAUCUAUCCGAGGAUGUCCGCGUGAAAUUUAUUCAGAUGCUGGUACUCAACUGACUGCCGCCAGUAAAGGAUUGAUAGAUCUGUCCAGGUUAAGUUCUGAUGACAUACAAGAUUUUGCUUGCAAUAAAGGGGGAGAGGUUAAAUGGGUUUUCAAUGCAUCAGCAGACGCACCAUGGCAAAACGGUGCUAGUGAAAGUCUAAUCAAAUCCCUUAAGAGAAGUCUGACUGUGGCUAUCGGUGAUAAUGUAUUAACCUUCAGUAAAUUACAGACAACCCUUUUUGAGAUUUCAAAUAUACUAAAUGAAAGACCUAUAGGUAUAAAGCCAGGAUGUGAUCCAGAACUUGGAAAAUACCUUUGCCCUAACGACCUCCUCCUUGGACGUACCUCUAACAAAGCUCCAAAGGGUGUCUUUGAGCACUUUCCUAGUCAUGAAUCUCGAUUGCAGUUCCACCAGCGCAUUGUAGAUUCAUUUUGGAAAAAAUGGACUAGGGAUUUUUUUCCCACUCUUCUGAUUCGUCAAAAGUGGCACAUUGAGCGCCGUAAUUUACAGAUCGGUGAUAUUGUGUUGUUUCAGGACAGCAAUAUUGUACGGGGGACGUGGAAGUUUGCUGAGGUUGCAGUAGCAAAUGAAAGCAAAGAUGGUAAGGUACGAAAUGUUACUCUUAGGUAUAAACCCCAGAGAGGUGGUGUUAGGUAUAAGGGUGAAAAGAUAUACUUGUAAAGAGAUCUGCUCAUCGUAUCGUGGUAAUUUUGCCCAUUGAGGAACGUACUUGAGUUUAUACUGAAUGUUACCCUUUUUUAUGCAUUACUGUGUAUCUCGCUGGUUUCAUUGUAUGUAUUCGUAUUUGUUUGUACAUUUUUUUGUUUGUUUUGCAAUGUCAUAUGUAACAUAACUCCGUGUGGGAGUGUAUCAUUACGACCAAUGAUAAAUUCAAUUGCUGUUAUGUAUUUUAUUAAUUUAUGUCGAGUGGGUGGAUGUAUCGCUUCGCUGUCGUCUUUUGUUGUGGACGUGGCGGAGCGGAGGGGUGUAUGUUGCGCUUUGCCAUUGUCUUUUGUUGUGGAUGUGGCGGAGUGGAGGCAUGGUCAAGACUCAAGGGACAGGUGAACGGGCUGGCCAGUCCAGCAGAUUGGCGUGUGGGGUGUGGAAGGAUACUUGUGACGCUGGAGUGGAUUGGAGGGCGUGUUGUGCAUCUGUGCCGCUACUAUUCGGGUUUGCUGGAAGCGGUAGAUGGUUGGAUACGUGAUGGGGUGUUUAUGCUGUGGGGACGCUGUGUAUAUUUACCUUGUUUGGGAUCUUCUCUCCGGGACAUCUGUGUCGUCAAUACUGUGAGUCAUUAUUACUGACAGGUACUGGUUGGUUCAUUAUUAUUGGUUGUUAUCAGUACAUACUUGUAUUAUUAUUUGUAAAUCCUGCUUUAUCCAGCUACCUGUGAUAGUAUUGUUGGUCUAUUAGCAGUCAUUAACUGCUACUUCCUCUGAUUCUUUAUAUUGAAUGUGAUGUGAAUUAAGUGAUAAUUGAAUGUGAUAUUCUAAGAUUACUUUGAGGUAACAUCCUACACAUGGAUUAUUAAGGUUGUGAGCAAGGCUUGUUUUGGGAAUUCGUGGUG